CAAAACAUCUCCCCACCUAUAAACAUCAAAGAGAGAGAGAGAAAGGAACCACCGUCUACAAAAACAGAACUGAUCGGAAAAUGGACCGGAAAAUUUACUACGACGGCUACACACUAGACGGCGAACUAUCAAGAUUCUACAAAGUAUGGAUCUCCAUAAUCAUUUCAUUUAUCUACUCCUUCAUCGCCGGAAAACUAAUCCCCAAAGGUAUUCCCCGUCUUCUCGCCUUCUUUCCGAUCAUCUCUCUCUUCUUCUUCCUUCCAUUAAACCUCCAUUCCAUGCACUUAGGCGGUAUUACUGCCUUCCUUAUAACCUGGCUCGCCAAUUUCAAACUCCUCCUCUUCGCCUUCGAUAUUGGUCCUCUUUCCUCCGACCAAUCUCUAUCCCUCCCCAAAUUCCUCGCCGUCGCCUGUUUCCCCAUCAAAAUCCAACACAAAACUCAAAACAACAGAAAACCCACUUGGAAUUACGCUAUCAAGGGUUUACUUUUAGCAUCCUUGAUUGGGAUCUACGAUUUCCGCGACCUAAUGCAUCCAAUUUGCUUAACAGUCCUACAUUUUCUCCAUAUGUAUUCAUUUCUAGAGUUAUUGUUAGCAUCAAUGGCGGCUACGGCUCGAAUUCUUCUCGGUGUAGAACUUGAACCUCAGUUUAAUGAACCAUAUCUCUCUACAUCUCUUCAAGAUUUCUGGGGAAGAAGAUGGAACAUAAUGGUAUCAAGAAUCCUACGUCCGACUGUAUACGAUCCAUGUCUGAGAAUUUUGACUAGGAUUUGUGGUCGGAAAUGGGCGGCGGUAACGGCGGUGAUGGCGACUUUCUUUGUAUCGGCUUUAAUGCAUGAGAUUAUAUUUUUUUACUUGUGUAGGAAUUGGCCGACGGGAAUGACGAGUUGGUUCUUUGUUUUUCAUGGGUUUUGUUUAGUAUUGGAGAUAAUGAUGAAGAAAACGAUUGGGGUUAGGUUUGGAUUGCCGACGGCGGUGGCGACGGUGAUGACGGUUGCGUUUGUGAUUAUGACGGCGUUUUGGUGGUUCUUGCCGGAGCUUUUAAGGUGUAAUGCUGUGGAGCGGUCGUUUGAGGAAUACAGAAUAGUGGGGGAGAUGAUGAAAGAGAUGAUGGUUAGAUUUGAAAAUUAUAAAUAUGGAAUAUGAGUUAUAUGUUAAUUAAUUAUAAUUAUAAUUUAUAA